UCUUUGUGCAAUGACCAUUGCUCCUUGGGUUAUAGUAAGAUCAAAAUAGAAGGGAAGCCAUUUUGCUGUUACAAAUGUCUUCGUUGCCCCGAAGGGAAAAUUGCCAACCAGACAGAUAUGGAUGACUGUAUCCAGUGUCCAGAGGAUAAAUAUUCAAACUAUGGCCAAAAUGCAUGCCUUCCAAAAGAUAUAAGCUUCUUGUCUUAUGAAGAGUCGUUAGGGAUCAGCUUGGCCAUAUUUGCUCUUUCCUUCUCUUGUGUUACAGCUUUGGUGCUUAGAAUCUUCCUCAAGCACCAGGACACUCCCAUCGUGAAGGCCAAUAACUGGAACCUUACCUACACUCUCCUCAUCUCUCUCUUCCUCUGCUUCCUUUGUACUUUGCUAUUCAUUGGGCAGCCUGAGAAGAUACCAUGCCUCUUCCGCCAAACAGCUUUUGGCAUCGUCUUUACAGUGGCAGUCUCUUGUGUACUAGCCAAAACCAUCAUUGUGGUUCUGUCCUUCAUGGCCACCAAACCAGGAUCCCAAAUGAGAAAAUGGGUGGGCAAAAGACUGGCAACCUCCAUUGUUCUUUCUAGCUCCUUUAUACAAGCCUCUAUUUGUACUGUGUGGUUGGCAACCUCACCUCCAUUCCCAGAUUUUGAUACUCACUCAGUAACUGAAAAAAUUGUUCUGGAAUGUAAUGAAGUUUCUGCUAUCAUGUUUUAUUGUGUAUUGGGUUUUAUAGGUAUCUUGGUCAUUAUCUGUUUCACUCUUGCUUUCCUGGCCAGAAAGCUACCUGACGCUUUUAAUGAAGCCAAGUUUAUCACUUUCAGCAUGUUGUUAUUUUGCACUGUUUGGUUGUCCUUCAUUCCAACCUACUUAUGCACCAAGGGGAAAUAUAUGGUAGCUGUGGAGAUCUUCUCCAUCUUGGCAUCCAGUGCUGGUUUAUUGAUUUGUAUCUUUUCCCCAAAAUGCUAUAUAAUUGUUUUCAGGCCUGAGAUGAACAGCAGGGAAUAUCUAAUCAGGAGAAAGAAUUAA